GGAACUAAACACAACCGAGAGACUCAGUUGGGAUGUCUAAAUUAAGCCCCCUGGCAUGCGGUUAUGGGUGACUACCCUUUGAGUGAGAAACUUCAGUCCAUUUGGAGUAUAGGUAAUACAGGAUCAGACUUUACAGUAGCUGCUUGCUUGUGUGGUGUGUGAAUGAAAGCUGUACAUGUAACUUGUAAGGACUAUUAUGUGAAGGGUAUUAUGGUGGCAAACAGUACUAGUAUUACCAGUGGUAGCAGCUGAACACAGGACAAUCAAUACCUAUUGUUCUUGAUUUGACAAGUACUCAAGGUGUUUUGUGAACUUUCCAUCUUGACAAGGGACAUGGAGUUUUUGUCAUAAUUACCAGUGGAGAGAGAGGUCUGAGGGCUUAUAAUAUAAAUACAUGGAAGUGACAGUUUCAAGGCACAUUUAGGAAGUUGUAAUCUGAGAGACCUGACAUGAAAGUUUGGUGAUCUGUUUGAUAACAAAGUCAGAUUUAAAAAAUUUUUAUUUUAAAUUGGUGGUGGUGUAAAGUUACAAAGACAUGAUCAAGAUAUAAUAUUACACUUGUUGUUCAUCCACAAAUACAUAUGCAAGUCACAACAAGGAUGUUGCUAUUUCAGAGACGUAUCAUAAAAGUUUUAUGGACUACAUGAUAAGAAAACUCAAACUUUUUAUAAAACAUUGCGGUAAUGUAAAGUGCAUGGAUAUGUUCGAGAUAUAGUAUUACAGGGUGUGUUUUUUAAACCAAACGGUUUGUAUUGAACGGUUUGUAUUGAACGUCAGCACGAUAGGGUGUGACUGCAGAAUGGAUAACUACUACUAUAACUACAAUGACGGUAAUACACGAGGUAUUGACAAUACUGGGUAUAGGGACAGUGAUGAUAUUGGGGACAUUGCUCCAGACUAUGAUGAUGAGGCCGAUAUGUCUGGUGACAUUCCAUUUGAUGGACCUUUAGAUGGACCAAGUAGCAGACGCAUCAGGACCAGUUCUGGAGAGUAUGACAACAGCAUUAUAGUACGUCCUUCUAAUCAGCUGGACAACACCGAUGGAGGUAGAUUUGUCAGGCACAGAAACGUUAAUUCGCAAGAUGGCCACCAAGGCAAGAUGUUCGCUCCCCACAAUCGGAGUCACAGAGAUGGGGACACUGAUUCCCUGGAGACGAUCGACCUCUCGGGGAUGGAGGAUAAAAGUAUGUGGAACGUGCUGCACACUGUCCGUUUGAGAAGAAAAAGUCGCAAGUCUCGACACAGUUCGAGAAGGCGGGAUGGUGGAGAAGGUACGGACGGCCAGCUGUCAGUUGAUGGGUACGAUGAGGAUGGUAUUCUGCCAAGUCUGCAGCUCAGACAGAAGCCAAAGACACUGCAUGAACGUGUGAUGGAGGCCAAGGAGCAAUCGCGGCAUGAGGUAGCCAAUGUUAUGAGGACAUCGAUUAGAACGUUUGAAGAACAAGUUGGUGUUACUACAGUAAAGAGACAAUUUGCUCAGACAUGGAACAAAAACAAGAAAGUAUUAAAAGGAUGGCUUUACCAGCUGGAACUGUGGGCUGGAACACUGAAAGAAAUAGAAGGUCAGUUUGGAAUGGCCAUCGUGUCGUACUUCCGUUUCACCCGCUGGUUGCUGCUGCUGAAUUUCGUCAUCUUCACCAUCAUGUUCUGUGUGAUUGUGGUUCCGUUCCUGGCCCUCAGAACUCCAAGCUCAUUCCAAGACUGGAAAACAGUUCCCUCCCUAAACGAGAGUGACAUGUUUCACGUUGCGUCCAACUGUACGUCUCAUUAUGCAGAGUAUAUGACGAACCUAACUUCAACAGAGUCCAUUGCAGAAAAAGUGCUGGAUUUCAUGAAAGGAACAGGGUGGAUGGAGAGAACCGAGUUGUUUUAUGGAGUUUAUUUCAACAAGUCGUAUACAGUGCCUGGAAAAAGCGAAGAUGGGACAUAUAACAUGAGUUUGGCGUAUAUGCUGGCAACGUGGAUCUGUUUUCUGAUCAGUUUUAUGCUGAUUGUUAAAAAUUCUGGUAAGAGUGUCAAGGAGGCAGUCACGGACCAAGAGAAUACCACCACUAUGUACUGUAACAAGGUGUUCGGGGGCUGGGACUUCUGCAUCAGUAACCCCAAGACGGCCACACAGAAACAAGCCAGUUUGGCACAGGAGUUGAAAGCUGACCUGAAUGAAUACCGCCGGAGAAUACUAAAUGCCGAAAAGACGCGAUGCCAGAGAUACAGACUGUAUAUGAUUCGCCUCAUCAUCAACCUCUUCGUCCUGGCCAUCCUUGGAGCUACGUUAUAUUUGGUGUACUGGACAACACAAACACUGUUAGACCUUCGGAAGCAAAACCUGAGUGAGAUUGUAGACUUGAUUGUGGAGUACCUUCCGUCCUUGACUGUGACCUUCCUCAACUUCGUCAUCCCGCUCAUGUUCUCCAAGGUCGUCAUAGCAGAGCAGUACAGUCCAAGCUUUGAACUGAAGCUAACUCUGUUCAGGACUGUAUUGCUGCGACUGGCUUCUCUGGGAGUUCUGGCCAUCUCUCUGUACAUCCAGCUGUUGUCAUCGAAGGAGAUGAAGUGCGACGUGAAAACACAGACCUGCUGUGGUAACACACAGUGGGUGGAACGCAGCAGCACACAGACAAAAGGAACUAUAAAGUGCUGGGAAACAUACGUUGGACAGCAGUUUUACAAGCUGGCGUUGGUGGAUUUUGUGGCUGUGCUUAUGCUGACAUUUUUCGAGUUCAUUAGAAAAUUAUUAUAUGACAAGUUCCAGGAGAAAUCUAAGUUGGUCAAAAUGUUUGGUCAGCAAGAAUUUGAGCUUCCAACAAAUGUUCUCGACAUAGUAUACUCUCAAACAAUUUGUUGGCUUGGCAUGUUUUUCUCGCCUCUAAUUCCUGCCAUCACCUUGAUAAAAGUGUUCAUUAUUUUCUACCUGAAAAAGUUUUCAGUAUUAAAGAACUGUACUCCACCAGUGCGACCUUACCGAGCGUCACGGUCAAACUCAUUCUUCAUGACAAUACUUCUUCUCUCCUUCAUACUUUCUGUCAUUCCUGUAGGCUAUAUAUUUGGCAAUAUCCAGCCAUCACAGAGUUGUGGCCCUUUCCGAGUGUACAGCCAAUCAGACUUUGUGUUCUUCGACAUCGUGUCAAACACUGUGUCAACUUGGCCAGCCGUUGCUAGAGAUAUUUUCUUCUUCCUAGGAACUGUGGGAUUCUUCAUUCCAGCCAUUAUUCUUUUGCUAUUAUGUAUAUACUAUUUCUGGGCAGCUGGACAAGGGUAUAAAAAGAUGGAAGAGAUUCUCAAAGAGCAACUUCGAUUGGAAGGUAAAGAUCGUCAGUUUCUGCUGAUGCGUGUAAAUGAUGUCAUACAAAAGGGAGAAUUACAGACUGCCAAGAGAUGACAGUUGUCAACAGAAUCCACCACUUAGUUAUCUACUUAAUCAUUUGUAUCAGGCAUUUUAAUCAUUUGUCAAUCAAGACAACUUUAACUAAUUGGAUCCAUUAACAGCAGGAUAUAGGACACCUAACCCUCUCUGUUCUGUCUGUAAUGUGCAAUGUUUUCUGUUUCUGAGAGUGAACACAUUAAAAUGGAGCAGCAUGGUUUCAGACCUACAUGUGAACAGUCAUCUUCUAUGAACAUGUGAACAGUCAUCUUCUAUGAACAUGUGAACAGUCAUCUUCUAUGAACGUCUGCUGAAUGAUACACUGCUAAAGGCCUGACCAUUAACAGUCAAACCUGUCCAUAAAGGCCACUCUGGGAUCUUUAAAAAGCAGGUGGCCUUUAUACAGAGGUAAAAUACAUGAAAAUUCUGCAGAAGGAAGUGUUCUUUAUGGUUCUAUAAAGACUGUUCUAGAAUUGAUAUCAAGCGAUUUAUAGUUGUUUUACAAAGACUGUUCUAGAAUUGAUAUCAAGCGAUUUAUGAUUGUUCUACAAAGAAUGUUCUAGAAUUGUUAUCAAGUGAUGGAUGGGAGGCUUUGGGUUUUUUUACCAUGCACAAGGCAGAAGCUCCACCAGACAUAAAAUAAUUACGAGGGCCUUCUUCAGCUGCCCCCAUCCCCAUUUUAUUAAUUUUGGAAACAACCUUAAGGACAUUUGUGUGGAGUAUGGUCUUAAAAAUGCUACUGUGUAUUUAAACAGAAAAACACAUCUUUGUGUUCUUUGAGACAUGUGAGUUCUCUUGAGAAAUGUGCUGGAUCGACAACUACAUUACGCAAAAAUUCUGCUAAAAAAAAGAAAAAGACCGUAAUCUGUGUAAUUUGUGAUAUUCUAGAAAUGGAAGAAUCUUUUGAACACUGUUUCUGUCUUAAAUAAUUGUUUUAUAGCUAUUUUAUGGCAAACUGUGUGGGCUGACAGUACUUUUACUCCAUUAAAUCGAUGUUGGCAGAUUAUGUAUGUUGACAUUGACAGUCAUCUGGCUUGAGAUGUCCAAGCUAUUCGGUAUUUAUGAUAUGCAUGAUACAAAUGCUACAAGUGUGUUUGUCAUAGGAAUUGGGUAAUUUUGUGAUAUGUGUGGUAAAUGUUUAUUUUACAAUAUGAAUUCUGUAUCAGAAACUGAAUAUAAACAGAACAUAAACGAGAAAUAAUGACUUAAACAUAAUGUACUUCAAACUGAAUGUGUUCCUAAAAUAAGUGUGUUUCAAAUCAAAACUAUUUCAACUAAAAUGUGUCUUGCAGAUUGUGUCUGAUAUACAGUAUGGUUCAAGCCAUGUGUUUCCAAAGUGAAGGUGGUUUCACACAUGUGGUUGUCAGUGAAAAAUGUCUCUUGUUGUGUCGUAAAGUAUUCUUGCAAUAUACUGCUGACAUUUUAGCCUUAUUAAUAUGCCAAUUUGUAUGAUCCCUGUUCCAUGAAAUGUGCUUAGUGCUACAAUUGAGAUACUUGCCUGAUAUGGUAAUCAAAACAUUUCUUUUCAGUUGAUGACUUGCACAAUAUGAUCUUUGUAAUUUAAAACAAAAUUAACCAAAUUUGACAGUAUGAGGCCACACUGAAUUACUCAAAUGAAAUUUUAAAGAAAUAAUGAAAAACUCAAGUGUUUGAUGAUUUUUAAGGAAGAUACAAAGUCAUUUGUGGAAAUAAGCCCCAAAGCCAUUUACACAAACUGUCAUUUUUUUUUUUUUACCUUUAUGUGAUCUUGACCCUAAAAAUGAAUGGAUAUGUCUUACUGAUUAUUAGGUUUGAUACUAAGCAUUUGUGACAAUGCAUUCUACUUUCAGCUUAGAGCUAUAGAGCAAUUAUUGCUCUAAAGUUUGUUUUGUUUAACGGCACCACUAGAGCACACUGAUUUAUUAAUCAUCAGCUAUUGGAUGUGAAAUAUUUGAAAAAUUUUACAUAUAUUCAAAGAAAGGAAACCUACUACAUUUUUCCAUUAGUAGCAAGGGAUCUUUUAUUCGCAACAUCCCACAGACAGGGUAGCACAUACCAGAGCCUUUGAUAUACCAGUCCUUAUUGUUCUAAGAUACAUAACAAAAAUAAUACAUCACCAGAAGUAGAAAAUGUCAUCAUUAGCAUUGAUCACUUCAUGGAACAGGGCUCUGCUUUCUUUAACUUCCUAAAUAAUUUCAGGUGUUUUUUUACAACUUAUUUUAUUACUCCAUUGAUUGGAAGCUGUGCCUUACUACAUAUUAUAUUUUAAUAUUUACUGAAUACUAAUUUUAUGAAUAGUUUGUGGUAUUAUUUUCACCAUAUUUUUUUAUAUUAUAUAUUCCGAAUCCUGUACUUUUGUAACUUUUAGCAAACUUUUUAAGAUUCAGAAAGACCUUUCUAGAUUCAUUUCUGAGAACCUUCUGUAGAUGUUGACCAUUGUGUUGUAUCACAAGAAGUUAUAUAAAUCAUUGUGUUGUACCACGAUAAGUUAUAUAAAUCAUUGUGUUGUACCACGAUAAGUUAUAUAAAUCAUUGUGUUGUACCAUGAUAAGUUAUAUAAAUCAUUGUGUUGUACCAUGAUAAGUUAUAGAAAUCAUUGUGUUGUACCAUAAGUUAUAGAAAUCAUUGUGUUGUACCACGAGAAGUUAUAUAAAUCAUUGUGUUGUACCACGAGAAGUUAUAUAAAUCAUUGUGUUGUACCAUGAUAAGUUAUAUAAAUCAUUCUGUUGUACCAUGAUAAGUUAUAUAAAUCAUUGUGUUGUACCAUGAUAAGUUAUAUAAAUAAUUCUGUUGUACCAUGAUAAGUUAUAUAAAUCAUUGUGUUGUACCAUGAUAAGUUAUAUAAAUCAUUGUGUUGUACCAUGAGAAUUUAUAUAAAUCAUUGUGUUGUACCAUGAUAAGUUAUAUAAAUCAUUGUGUUGUACCAUGAUAAGUUAUAGAAAUCACCAGUCAUUGUUGAUAUUCAUAAUUUCUCAUUGAUUACACAUGUUUCAAAAUGUGUCUAUUACACCUACGUGUUUUUUGCUAGUAUGCCAAACUUCUUUGUCAACAACUUUCUAAAACAUUAUCAUAUGGAAUAAUUAUCAGAUGGUUGCUAAUUAUUAGAUAUUUGAUAAACACAGACCAUUUGGUGUAUUUAAGAGCAAACCUCCUAGUUGUGCUAAUUAUCAAGUAUUUGCUGAAUGAAAAUCCCCACCCUGUUUGAAUUAUAUAUCCAUAGCAUAUCUCCUAGUUGUGCUAAUUAUCAAGUCUUUGCUGAAUGAAAAUCCCCACCCUGUUUGAAUUAUAUAUCCAUAGCAUAUCUCCUAGUUGUGCUAAUUGUCAAGUCAUCGCUAAACACAUCCAAGUUGAUGAAUGUAUCCAUAGAAAAACUUCCUAGUUGUGCUACGUAUCAAGUCUUUGCUAAACAUCAUCCCAGUUGGUGAAUAUAUCCAUAGCAGACCUCCUAGUUGUGCUACUUAUCAAGUCUUUGCUAAACACAUCCCAGUUGGUGAAUAUAUCCAUAGCAGACCUCCUAGUUGUGCUGAUUAUCAAGUCUUUGCUAAACACAUCCCAGUUGGUGUAUAUAUCCAUAGCAGACCUCCUAGUUGUGCUACUUAUCAAGUCUUUGCUAAACAUCAUCCCAGUAGGUGAUUAUAUCCAUAGCAGACCUCCUAGUUGUGCUAAUUAUCAAGUCUUUGCUAAACAUCAUCCCAGUUGGUGAUUAUAUCCAUAGCAGACCUCCUAGUUGUGCUACUUAUCAAGUCUUUGCUAAACAUCAUCCCAGUUGGUGAAUAUAUCCAUAGCAGACCUCCUAGUUGUGCUACUUAUCAAGUCUUUGCUAAACAUCAUCCCAGUUGGUGAAUAUAUCCAUAGCAGACCUCCUAGUUGUGCUACUUAUCAAGUCUUUGCUAAACAUCAUCCCAGUUGGUGAAUAUAUCCAUAGCAGACCUCCUAGUUGUGCUACUUAUCAAGUCUUUGCUAAGCACAUCCCAGUUGGUGUAUAUAUCCAUAGCAGACCUCCUAGUUGUGCUACUUAUCAAGUCUGCUAAACAUCAUCCCAGUUGGUGAAUAUAUCCAUAGCAGACCUCCUAGUUGUGCUACUUAUCAAGUCUUUGCUAAACACAUCCCAGUUGGUGAAUAUAUCCAUAGCAGACCUCCUAGUUGUGCUACUUAUCAAGUCUUUGCUAAACACAUCCCAGUUGGUGAAUAUAUCCAUAG